AAGACGAAGGAGCUUAUUGACGGAUCACUUCCUGGAUUUCAUGUUGGAGCUGUUUUUGAAAGUCCUCUAGCUGGUUUACUCUCAGAUUAUGACAGUUUUAUCAACAGAAAUGUCUGCAGGAUCAGACCAGGCUACAUGGCCACUGAGAAACGGACAGUUUUGAAGAUGUUUGCCGGCCGUAAGACGACACAGUAGUGAGCCGUUGGUUGAAUUUGGUCCCUCCUGUCUGUUUGAGGAUGGAGAGGCUGGUAUCCGGACUGACACAGAAAGUGGUCCUCUUUACGGCUUCAUUCGCUGUCAGACUGGCUUUGGUGGUUUAUGGAGACUAUCAGGAUCAAACUAUGGUGGUGAAAUACACGGACAUCGAUUAUCAUGUGUUCACUGAUGCUGCGAGAUUCCUGACCAAGGUAUCUAACAAAAUAACACUUGAGAUCAUGAAGCUUUGACAAGUCUGAAUUUAAGGUUUUUUUUUAGGUUUUAUUGAAGUACAGAUUUGAUGAGAGACAAUUUAUGAUUGAUAAGAGUGUGAGAGAGAAGUAUUCCACCUACGAGGGGCUUAUAGGGGGACACAACUUGAGGACAAAAAUGACCGGCAUAACCCAGUGGAAAAAAAAAAUAGCUACAACAUGUCCAGCAGCAGAAUGGAGGAGAGACCCUUAUGUUAUUGUACCUCCCUAAAAAUAAAUAUGGUGGAAUUCUCCACUGAUUUUAGCAGAAAGUGAAAUCUGAAUUUUGUUGCUUCGGGUCCAUUUUAUUUAACUGUAUAAUUCCUGUGUGGUUACUCCUGCACAGGGUGAGUCUCCGUACAACAGAUCAACCUACCGCUACACCCCUCUCCUCGCCUGGCUGCUAACCCCCAACAUCUACAUCAGUGAGCUGUUUGGGAAGAUCCUCUUCAUCGUGUGUGACGUGUUGUCAGGUCUGCUCAUCUACAGGAUCCUCAGUCUCAGAGGGCUGAACUCUGAGGUAGGAUUUCAGAUUCGCAGCCUGUAGAGUUUAGAUUUUAGAGGCUUCUUGGUGGUGCUUUGUGGUGAGUUUGGUGUUUUUGUGGGGUCUCUGUUCAGACAGCACAUCGUACCAGUUCUCUGUGGCUCUUUAACCCUCUACCGAUGGGCGUGUCAAGUCGAGGGAACGCUGAGUCCAUCCUGGCAGCUCUGGUACUCGGGACUUUACUCUGUAUGGAAGGUGUGUUUCAGCUCUGUUUAAUAAUUCAGUAGUGUUAUGUACAUACUCAGCUUUUAUACAGUAAGUGCUUUUAUACAAUGAGCGUGGUCUAGACCUGCACUUUUUUUUGGAAAGCGUCUUGGAAUGACGACUGUUGUGAAUUGGCGCUCUAUAAAUAAAAUUUGAUUUGAUUUAUUGAUUUUAUACUUACACUGCCUUUUGCCUUUCUUCUUCAAGCCCGGAAGCUGACUUGGGCGGCUGUUCUUUAUGGUCUGUCUGUCCAUAUGAAGAUUUACCCCAUCACAUAUGCCCUGCCCAUCCUUCUGACCCUCCGAAACCCAAAGGAAUUAUCAAAGGAGGAUGAAAAAGGGUGGAGUUGGAGGAAACUGGUCAGAUUUCUAGGAGGCUUCUUUAACAGAGAGCUGUUCCUGUUUGGAAGUGUGUCUGGAGGAGUUUUCUGUUUGCUUACAGGACUCUUUUAUUACAUGUAAGGUGAUCAGAAAUCACACAGAGACACAAAGUAAGAGGUUUAAUAGUUUCAAUGAUAAUUUAUGACUGUGCAGUGUUGGAGUAAGAUGUUCCAAACAGCAAAGUGGGAAAAUCUCAAAAACUCUUGAAUUAUAUAUCUGCCAAUUCAAGAAGUGGAUACUUAAAUGCUAUUAGGAUGAUAAUUGGCCAUUUGCUAACUAUAAAAUCUGUGCCUGGUUGCUCAGAAGGUUUAGAAAUCCCUUUUUAAAAAAAAUCUGAAUUAGUUAAUGUUUGUAAUAUUCAUUUAUUGCCUUCCUGGAAUAUUUGUACCAUUGACCUUCAGGGCCACCAUAUUUUUCUCCUGGUGAGCAGGGAACUGAGUAUAGUUGCAAACAAAAUAAAACAUGUAAGUACUUUGAUUUGGGUCUUCAGAGAUGCUGGCUGACUUUUUGCACUGAUUUCUGACAUUUUAAUCAUUUCUGCUCUACUAAACUUGAUUUUUGCCUGUCGCCAUACGGUCAAAACUAACACUGCAACAUGUGCUUACUAUUUUGGAAUAUGACUAUGAUGAUAGAUAGGAGUCAUUAUUAGCUGCUCCACAGGAUUUCUUGUCUGAAGGAAUUCACUUAAUCUGGAUAACAUUUAAUGCAGCUGUGCUUCCUCUUCUGUGCCCAUAGGUAUGGUUGGGAGUUUCUUCAUGAGACUUACCUGUACCACCUGACCAGGAGAGACAUCAGACACAACUUCUCUCCUUACUUCUACAUGCUCUACCUCACUACAGGUGUCCUUCCUUAUCUAGUCAUUUGUGUCCUCAGACUAUGACAUCUUAGAGACGAAGACCUCAUUCAGUGAGCUGUAAAGUUUGAAGCAUGUUUAUGUACCUUAUUUUCCUCUGCAUUAACAGACAGUGAGAAACUAGAGCAGGUGAGGCAGUUGUAAGACCUCCUAAAAGCUUUUCUCUCUGCAGACAGCAGCUGGAGCCCUUUGCUCGGCCUGGCAGCGUUCCUUCCACAGCUCAUCCUACUGUUGGUCACGUCGUGGGCUUUUUACUCUGACCUUUCCUUCUGCUGUUUCCUGCAAACCGCCAUCUUUGUCUCCUUCAACAAAGUCUGCACUUCUCAGGUACAUGAGUCUCAGUGAAGAUCAGAUAAUAUGCUGCUUUCCAGUCACUGUCAGCUAGUGUUAAUACUCUGAAUCAUACAUGUUGUUAUCCGGAGGAGGUUCCUCUAAAGUGCUUUCUUUAUGGUUGUUAAAUCAUCAGGAAGCUCACACACAUGAUGAUGUGAUCAUGGAAAAUCCCUACAAACUCAGAGACUUACUGAGUCAGUGUCACAUGGUUUAUGAGUUUACGAUGGGGCAAUGAUAUUUGUUUAUCCUUCCAGUACUUCCUGUGGUACCUGUGUCUGCUCCCUUUGGUCAUCCCUCACCUGAGCCUGUCAAUCAAACAGGGGGUGGGACUCCUGCUCCUCUGGUUUGCUGGACAGGUAGUUACAUUGAUGAAACUUUUCAUAACAAUAAUUCCUGACUUCAGAUAUGCAACCUGUUAACAAAAUUUAAAGACGUUGUGAAAUAUAAUCAGUAGUACCUGCUGUUAACUGGUGUGGCUUCAGUGUUGUCGCAUUGAUGCCUUGCAGGCAGAGAUGUGCAGCUUUUGCCAAGGAUAGUUUUAGUCUCCUUAGAUCUUCAUACUUGUCAUGCAACAUUAAAAAAGAGGACCAAGUGAAGUUGUUUUUCAAUGUUUUGAACUCAAAUCAACCUCAGUAUGAAGUAAAUGUAAACAUUAGAUGAGGGGACUUCAAAGUCAUGGAAUAGUUUGGCUUGAAUGAAAUAAUAAUUCUCACAUUAACAAAAGCACUUUAAACAGAACUGGGGUUAAACGAGGAAUUCAGACUCUUUUAUACCUGAUAGAUCAACCAGACAAGGCUGCCCACUGAGUCCUGUCUUUGCAAUAUUAAUCCAGCUCAAAGGAAAGGGCCAAUGAACUAAUUAAAGGUGUAAAAAUGGAAGAACUGAAAUGGACUCUAUUUGCUGACAUACUUGGACAGCCUGAUGCGAUCCUUGCCAGAAUUGUGAUGAUACUGUUAAACAGAUAUAAACAUCCUCUUCUGAGUAUAGUAAAAUGCAAAAACAAAUACAGGUUCUCAGUCGUAACUUCAGUGUUCAGUCCCUGAUACUCAAUCUGAAUUUUGCACCCUUCACGUUAAUGAAACUGGCUCUUGAUAUUCUUUAUAAGUUACCAAUGCUUUAAUGAUGUGGUAAAUUCAAUGUUCACAAAGCGUUGUUUUGCAUGAUUGUUGAUGUCUUAGCGUUUGUGUUUGUAGUGAUAAGGAAAUCCCCCACAAAGGUUUCAGUUAUUCUUUCAUUUGUUUGUUUAUAUAAACAAAGCUUGUCUCUGUAUCUGUCAGGGUUUCUGGUUGGGUCCGGCAUACCUCCUGGAGUUUAAAGGUUUUAACACCUUUCUGUGGAUCUGGCUGGCUGGACUUCUUUUCUUGAUCAUAAACUCCUUCAUCCUGAUCAGGAUUAUCGUCCACUACAGACCCACACAGAGAGCUGCACAGAGACUGAAGGCUGAAUGACUUUCAUUCAUUUCAACUGAGAAUAAGAUGGACUGUGGACAGAUGUCUAAAAUUAAAGUUUGUAUUUUGUGAAACCUCUGUCACCCUGGUAUCUUAUGUGUCUUUAAGGUGCAGUACAUAGUAUUUAUUCUCUAGUACAGAUAAAUCAGUGCAUCUGAAUAUAUUUGUUUCCACUGUUUCUAUCUACACAAAAGCAAGGGCCCUCAUCAUACAUCGUCAUGUUUUUACAGUAGCUCGGUAUGGACAAACUAACAUUUAGUGGGUGGCUGUGCAAAAUGCAUCCGUGAACAAGAAGAGCAAAAAGAAGAGAGGGGCUGUUGAUUUGCAUGAAAUAAUUAGUACUGAUAGACACUUUGAUAAUAACUUGACAAAUGGCGGACCAUAUCUCUAUACUGUACAUCAUAACACAGUUCAUGUUAAACAUUCUGCAAUAACUGUUUUCUGUGAUAUGAGGAUGUGUAUGACAGACUUGCUGCUGCCCAUCUGACUGAACCUUGCCAAAUUGGACUUUUUUGGUUAAAGUUGUUGGUUGUGGUAAAGAUAGAGAUUACAGCUGUCUAGUCUUGUUACACAGAAUAAAAAAUUCCAACCAGCAGCUGAUGAGACGGAGUCUGUUCCCGCAAGGAUUUCACCUGUAGAUUCAGCAUAUCGUGGGGAAGGACUACCCAGAUGCCCUUUCAAGGUCGUAAGUGUUCACUUGACCACAGUGACUAGAUAUGCAAGCGCGCUGUAGCAGCUCGCCAAGUGACAUGCCUCCGUGGCCUCCAUCUUAGCAGGGGCAACUUUCCCACUAAAGGCAUUAGAUGUAUAUGGGAAAUAAAUCAUAUCUUGAUCAUUUCUUAACUGCUUUUCAUACAGUUUACUUUAUUUUCAAUGUCAAAACGUGCCAUUAAUACAGAACUUUUUUGUUUUCAUUUCUAUAAAACCAAUUUUUGUGGGCUUGUUGACUUUAAUGUAGGCCUAAAAGUUUUUCGCAACUUAUGUCGUGAAAAAUUUGUAUACUAUAGAGAAAAGUAAUAGAACACUGAUCCUGCUCAAAACGCAUGUUUUGAUACUUAAUUUGUCCUAUUUGUCCAACAACUCUUUAUCCUGUAGGACUAGUAAAAGAUUGAAAUUGGUCUGGUAGAGAAAUCAGAAAAAAUUCACAGUAUAACAAUAAUGCACUGGCCCCCAUACGUUGUAUGCAGCUGAUGAGAUAUGGCCAGUGCUCGGAUGCGUUUGCCCUGAAGCCCUAAUUCAAUGACUUUGCUCGAGGCAGUAAAUAACUUUGACUGUCAGGUGAUUUUAUUUUUCAAUCUUCAUCCAUAUAAAUUAAUGCAUUUUUAAUGACAUUUUUAGAAUCGCACUACAACUACUUGAAAUCAGUUUUUGAGUCCAUAUCAAAAUGCAUUCUUUACCAGUGCCCAGUGCAACAAAAUGUAGCUACUAUAUGAUACAAAAAAGUUUUCACAAUUUUGAGUCCGUAAUGUUAAUUCAGAAAAACAGCAGAAUUUUUUUAUUCUACAUGAAAGUCGUCUUGUACUUCUGAGAAAUUUAUGGCAUUCAUUUACUAAACAGAGCAUUUUUUUCUCCCAAGUGAAUAUGCUUCCGUAUAAAACACACUGAUUUGAACUCAUAACACUACCAACACUACUUUAAUAAAGUUUGGGAUAACGCAGAAAGGCGACUAAAAUCUUUUUGUCCCAAUUCAGCUUCCAUCCAAUGGAAUAUGAGAAUAUCAAAGUCCUCUGUCAGGUUGUCGGGGUGUGUCAGGGUGUAAAUAAUAAACUCAUGGUUACUGCAAAAGUCCACCUCUAAAGGAAAAAACUCCUGAAGAUCACUAAACGACCGACUGUCUGUAAGUUUUCACCGUAUGUGGUUUUGAGAUUUCGGUGUUCAAGUUAUUUUUAGUAUGUUGAGCAGCAGAAUUUAACAACUUUUAAUCCCUUUUAUUCUCUGAUCAGGUAAAAUAGGACAGAAGUUUAACUGCUAGUGAAUAAUCAGGCUGAUGGCCAUCUCAUCUGGUUCAUUCUGGUGAAAUGUAUACAGAGUGUAACGGUAUAUAUUCAUUAUAAUAAUAUAUUCUAUUUUGUACCACAACUGAGAGGACAGUAUGUGGAAACAACUGUUUAGAAAUAAUAAAUAAAAUAAAUGAUGAAAACUAAUGUUAGUUGAACUAUUAAGAAAUGAUCUUCGUAUUCUAUUGAUCAGUAAUUUUAGCUUCAAGGGAAUCAUUUUAAUUUAAAAAUUUGCUCAUUUUUUUAAAGUAAUGUUUGGUUCAUAUUCAGGGAAUGAGCCUUUGGCUGUGGCUUUCAAUGACUAUGAUGCAUAGUUAAACAGUAAUAUAAACACUUUGUGGAAAUAAUUGAAAAUAAAAUCUAAAUUAGGUCAGUUUGUUAGUAAAGUUUUGCCGAUGUAAAGUUAGACAUUAUAAGUGAGUAAACUGCUUCUUAAAAUAUUGUUGAAUUUGCAUACAGAUCAAUUUAAUAAAACAGGGACGGUAUUUUGACGACCAGUGAUAUUUUCUCCUGUUUUUAUUUGAAGAAUAAUCUAAUCAAAUUUUUUAUUCUUCCAUGACUAUUUUAGGAUUUGAAAGUCAACAAAGUUUUAUGUUAACAACCAAAAAA